AGUUCGGCCAACAGUUUAAGUGUGGCCAACGCUAUGAGCUGCCCAGAUCUAGUGCCCCCGGGCCUCCCAUUUUUCCCCCCUAACUGUUCAAGUGCAUCCGGCGGAUCCUGGUUGGAUGGUGUUGGCUCGACCCCUUUUUCUUCCAAAGAGCCUCUGAAUAUUGUCAUUUCUGGUCUCAGUUCGCCUGCGGUCCUUACUGACGACGGCUUCACCAAUUUUGCUAACUCCAUUGGCUUCUCCAACGGAUGCCUGGGUAGCGAUGCUGGCUCUAUACAGAUGGCCAACCUCGGCGAUGGCAAUGGCUUCAUCCCACAAACCCUGUUGCUUUGCAAGGACUAUGGUAUACCAGAUGUCGGCUCCUGCCUCGAUAAUCUCCUCGGUGAUACACAUUUCAGGGUCUUCCGUCAGAAUGGUACUGGUGCCCCCACCAAUGCUCUCUUCCUUUCUGUCACCAUAGAGGAUGGCACUAUAGAAGGGGGCUGUACUAUCGCUUUUGACAGCUACGACCUAGGCCGUGACCAAGUGGUAUUAGCCGCUGUCGGUACGACUAGCUUCGCCGGUGUUACCUAUGAAACUACAGCUGUGACCUUACACAAGGUCACAUUGAGUGGCACCACGCCCAUUAACCAUGAUAUCUUCGUUGACAGCAACACUGUACUUCUAACUAUUGAGAUUGUCUGA